UGUCCCUCUAUAUACUCUGCCAGUGUCCCCUGCCCGUCACUCCUCUAUAUAUGUAUAUAAUGCUUAGGCUUUCCAUCCUGUCCCUUUAAACCGAAACACUCAUAAUUUACACAGGUUCCGUGUCAGACAAACUUCAUGCCUGCAUUUCAUCUGAUUGUAAUCAGCCACAGAUGCUGGGUAAUUUAUGAGUGCACCUGUUUAAAGGGAUAGUAUGCCUGAGUCCGAAGUGUUUGAGAUCACUGACUUCACCACAGCUUCUGAGUGGGAGAGAUUUAUUUCAAAAGUUGAAGAGGUCUUGAAUGACUGGAAGCUGAUUGGAGUGUCUUCAAAAAAGACCCCGGAAAAGGGAGAGUUUACUACUGGCAUAUGGGAAGAGAAAGGAUGCGAAGUCUUGUUUGCUGACUUCAAAUUCUUCAUCAAGCACCAUUAUUUUGUGCAGGAGUCAGGUGAAAAACAGGAGAAGGAAGAUGAAGUUGAAGGAGAAGAUACGCUUCCAGUCUGCAUGCAGGACUUACUGUGUAUGAGCAAUGACUUCCCUGCCAUCGCACACUGCCUGGUCCGAUGGUAUGGACUGCGUGAGUUUGUAGUCGUUUCUCCAGCUGCUAAUGACGCUGUUAUCAGUGAAUCCAAGUGCAAUCUUCUCCUGAGCUCUGUGUCCAUUGCUCUAGGAAAUACUGGCUGCCAGGUUCCAGUCUUUGUGCAAGUUCAUCAAAAAUGGAGGAAACUUUACGUGGGCGAGUGCCAAGGACCGGGAGUGCGGACAGAUUUCGAGAUGGUCCAUUUGCGGAAAGUACCAAAUCAGUACACCCAUUUAUCAGGACUUCUAGACAUCUUUAAAGCAAAACUUGGUUGUCCACUGACUGCGCUGCCCCCGAUAAACAUUGCCAUCCGCUUCACUUACAUCCUGCAAGACUGCCAGCAGUACUUCUGGCCCCAGCAGCCACCAGACAUUGAUGCUCUUGUUGGAGGAGAAGUUGGGGGACUAGAAUUUGGAAAACUUCCUUUUGGUGCCUGUGAGGAUCCUAUAAGCGAGCUUCACUUAGCGACAACCUGGCCCUCUAUGACUGAAGGCAUUAUAGUGGACAAUGAUGUGUAUUCUGAUCUGGACCCGCUACAAGCCCCCCAGUGGUCUGUCCGAGUCAGGAAAGCAGAUAAUCCUCAGUGCAUGUUGGGUGAUUUUGUUACUGAAUUUUUCAGACUUUGUCGCCGUAAAGAGUCCACUGAUGAGCUCCUGGGAAAAUCUGCAUUUGAGGAAAAUGGAAAAGACGCAGCGGAUAUCAGCCAGGCUCUAUCCAAGCUUACCGAGCCUGCGCCGGUCCCCAUACACAAAUUGUCCGUCACUGGCAUGGUCAGUAGCGCCAGGAAGAAGAUCCGCAAGCACAGAGGGGCUGACGAGUCCCCAUUAAACAAUGAUGUCCUGAACACUAUUCUCUUUUUCCUGUUUCCAGAUGCCAAGUCCCUGGAUGGAGCAGACACCAGGACCGGUGGCUCUAGCGGAGGUAUCCAGGCAGAGAGUGAGGAUUAUAACCUGUACAGCCAGCUCAAGUCCGCACCGUCAGACAGCCUGACCUACAAGCUGGCACUGUGCCUGUGUAUGGUCAACUUCUACCAUGGAGGGGUGCGAGGGCUCGCCCACUUGUGGCAGGAGUUCGUGCUGGAGAUGCGCUAUCGCUGGGAGAACAAUUAUCUGAUAUCAGGAUUAAAUAAUGGACCUCCAGAUCUAAAGUGCUGCUUACUUCACCAGAAGCUCCAGAUGUUGAAUUGCUGCAUUGAGAGGAAGAAGGCGAGAGAUGAUAGCAAGAAGGGGAAUAUUCCCAACUGCUCCUCCGAUUCUGCCCUAAACAGUACAGCGAAUGAGCCCGCAGAAUCGGAGAAAAGCAAGUACGACGUAGGGAAGUCCUGGGACUCCUGGAGUGACAGUGAAGAGGAAUUCUUUGAGUGUCACAGUGACACAGAGGAACUGAAAGACAACGGACAGGAAGCUACAAGGAAAUUAUCUGCCAAAGAGGAUGCAAAAGAGACCUCUGCGUUAAAGCCCGAUGGCCGUUUACACCAGUCUGGAAACUUGACCUUGUUAAACACUGGAGAACCUCUGUACAUUCCAGUCACACAGGAACCGGCGCCUAUGACAGAAGAUCUGCUGGAGGAACAAUCUGAGGUUUUGGCUAAAUUGGGCACUUCCGCAGAAGGGGCUCACCUGCGGGCUCGGAUGCAGAGCGCUUGUUUGCUGUCUGACAUGGAAUCUUUUAAGGCUGCAAACCCUGGCUGCUGUCUAGAGGACUUUGUCAGGUGGUACUCUCCAAGGGAUUAUGUCGAGGAAGAAGUGAUGGAUGAAAGCGGCAACAAAGUCAUUAAAGGGGAACUGAGUGCACGAAUGAAAAUCCCCAACAACAUGUGGGUAGAAGCUUGGGAAACGGCUAAGCCGACACCUGCUCGUAGGCAGAGGAGACUGUUCGAUGAUACUAAAGAGGCUGAAAAGGUUCUUCGUUACUUAGCAAUCCAGAAGCCAUCAGACCUGACCCGCCAUCUCCUGCCUUGUGUCAUUCAUGCCGCUCUCCUCAAGGUGAAAGAAGAAGAAAUAUUGGAAGAUAUUCCAUCUGUGAAGAAGUCAAUAAAACAAAUCAUCUCCCAUGCCAGCAAAGUUCUCCGAUUUCCAAAUCCCGAGGAUAAGAAGUUAGAGGACAUCAUUAAUCAGACUAUAAAUGUUGAGGCCACCAUUGCAAGAGCUCGGUCGCUGAAGGCAAAGUUUGGUACAGAGCGAUGCGAGAACCCAGACGAGAAGGAAGAUCUAGAAAAGUUUGUGAGUUGUCUUCUUGAACAACCUGAAGUGCCAAUCAUCGGAGCGGGCAGGGGGGCUGCCGGGAUGAUCAUCCACAAGAUGUUUGUUAACACUCAGCGGCUGACUGAAUCUUCUGAUGAGAUUGCAGCCUUGGCCCCCAUGGAUGAGGAACCCAAGAGGUCUAGUUCUUCGGAUGAGCGGAAGCUGAUAUCGGGAACAGAUUUCCCUCCCCCAGCAGGCCGCGAAGUUAUUCUGCGCACCACUGUUCCCAGACCAGCUCCAUAUUCCAAGACACUGCCCCACCGGAUGUACAGCGUGCUCACAAAGGAUGAUUUCAGGCUUGCAGGAGCUUUCUCCUCUGACACCUCCUUCUUCUAAUGUUCUAAGGUCCUGCUCUUAGGAUAUGGACACUCGGAUAAAGUCACCAUUGUAGGUCAAUAGUUAAGGGCUCAUUCUAAUGCAAACCUAUUUGGUGAGUAAUGUAGCUUGUUAAGUGUUUGCCCUGCUUGCUAGGACUCGUAACUAGAGAACAGCUGUGUUCAUUUAUAGUCAGACAACAGUCACCAUCUGCUGGCCCUGAGUCCUGAGGGGAUGCUACAUAAAGUGUUUGGUGGCCCUACAGCUUUUGCAGAUGGAGCAGCAGCUUUGAGACAUUAACAUUCAGCACAUCAUGCAACAGCAGUAGUCUGCUACCUGGUGUAGUUAGUUACUGUAGAGCAUACCCAAUGAAGCCAAAAUGUAGGACCCCACCUGUUGCUCACAAGACCUGAGUGAUGGACCACAUUGCCAGGUCCCAUAAAAAAAAAAAAAACCUUUAAGGGGCGAUUCAUUUGUAUUGUGGGUGACGAAGGCAGCUGUACAAUUGUUGUCAUCGCGUGGGUGUCUGCAACAGCCCCACCACUGUUGGGCGUGCCCAUUAGUACCUUUGGUUCCACACAUUUCAGCUCUCGCAGGAGGCUGUGAGCUGAAAUGUGAACAACCCCCCUGCAUGCGCACACAAACAGAGCAACAACUGAAUUGCUCUGUUGGGUGACCUCUAGUGGCAGCCGGGGUGCACAGCAAUUGUAUUCCCCUAUUAGCAGCUCAUCCCCGCCUAAAUUAUAGUAGUACAAAUAAAUUCCUCUCUGGAAAUGUGUAGUAAGGUAUCUUGCAGCUUAUCUGGCUCUGGUUUGUGAUAUUGUAAUAUUACACAUUGUCCUCCAAUUUCCAGGAUGUCUACGUGGCCAGUAUUUAGGUUUAUUAUAUUUUAGUAAAUAUUCCUGACAACUCCUCUUUAUACUUAAAUAACAUAUUCAGGAAAUGCUGCACAGAUUAGGCCUCCAGGAUGCUGAGAGCAGAUGAGGCUGUAAUUGUACACUCCAGCAUUUCAGCACUUACCUCAAACAUCAAGGAAUUUAUCACUAAACAGCAACAAUCAGCAACCAGACAGGACCAGAACUAAAAAGGUUCAUUUUCUUUUACAGAUUCUGGUUCUAGCUCAGGGUUUCCUAAAUUCAGACUUCACACCCCCUACCUGAAAACAUGUAGGAUAAUUGCAGGCCCAUAGUGACUUCAAUCCUGAAAACAUGAACUGUUGGGGUGGUAUGAGGACUGGAUUUGGGAAACGCUGCUUCUGUUCAUCAUUUCUGUCUGAUAACAGUGCGGCUCCUCUAUAUUGUAAAAUUGUAGCAAUGUAAGAAAUACAGGUUAUACGGUAGACUGUCAUGGUAAAUACUGUACCUGCACACUACGGUUUAUCUCUCCCUAUUGGUCUCCUCUCCCAGUUCAUAGGUUAAGUCUGGGGAUUCAGGUCAGAGCUGUAACAUGCAGAUAACAGAAGAUAUACGUACCUGUAUUUAAUGUGUGUUUCAUUGGUCCAGUUUGUGUCAUUUUUAGUUGUUUUAAAAAAUCAUUUAAUUUGAGCCCCCCACCUCAUUUAAUGGUAAUAAAACAACCACUAUAUGUACACAGGAAUGUACCUGGGACAAACAUUUUCAUUAUUAAAAAUGGAAAUCCAAUUUUCUUUGACUACCCACCUGUGCUGAAUAAUUCUCGCUCACAUCUUACAUGCUCUUUGUGAUCUGUAUUGUGGAGCAGAUCUCUUACAUUUAGUAAGAGAUUAUUUCCAUGUAGUAUUUUAUGUGACCAUGCAAUUAAAAAUGAACAGUUCUGAUUGUAAACAUGCAAUAAAUAUCUGAUCAGUGGGCUGUUA